GUUGGUUUUGCAGAUGCAAAUCUCACACCCCUGCAUGUUGUGAGGUAUUAUUAAAAUCAUGGCAAACAACGCUUAUUGAUCCGUCUCAUUGAUCCAAAUUAGUAGGCAAUCAUUUUCCUGCUCAAGGUUUUGGGUGACAUUGACAGAAAAGUAACAAGCUCUGACAGACUGAUCUGAUCUAAACAUGGAUGACAGCUGUUGGGAGAGCUCAGAUUAUGAAAUCUUGGCAGAAAUCGGCCAGGGCGCCUACGGGAAAGUGUACAAAGCCAGAGAGAGGCGCGGGCAACAGCGCUUCGUAGCGGUGAAGAGACUCCACAUCCCCGAGGAGCCGGAGUCUGGCAUCCCUCAGUUCGUGAUUCGAGAAGUGGCUCUUCUGCGAAAAAUAGAGCACUUCAACCACCCCAACAUAGUCAAGUUGCUGAAUGUAUCAGCUGGAUGGCAGAACCAGAAGUUUGACCUGACUUUGGUGUUUGAGUAUAUUGAUCAGGAUCUGACCACAUUUCUCAGCAAAGCAUCAGAAAAAGGCCUGGCCAGGGACAAAAUCAAGGAUGUGUUGCGUCAGCUGCUCAGCGGACUUGACUUCCUCCACACUAACACCAUCAUUCAUCGGGACCUGAAGCCAGACAAUGUGCUUGUGAGCAGUCGAGGGGAGGUCAAGAUUGCAGACUUUGGUUUAGCCAGGAUAUAUACAUACCAUAUCGCCCUCACCCCAUGUGUUGUGACUCUGUGGUACAGGGCUCCAGAGGUCCUGCUGCAGUCCAGUUACAUGUCUUCAGUGGAUAUGUGGAGUGCUGGGUGCAUCUUUGCGGAGCUCUUUCUGUUAAGGCCUUUGUUUCGUGGAUUCACAGAGAUCCAGCAGCUGCAAAAGAUCUUUGAGGUCAUUGGAUUGCCGGGUGAAGAGGACUGGCCCAUAGAAAGCCCUGUCUGCUACAGCCCUACAUGGGCUGAGAAAAAGCCUACAAAACAACUACUGCCCAGUCUCAGCCAUGAGGAGAAUGACCUGCUCUCUCAAUUUUUGACUUUCAAUCCAGCUCAUCGCAUCUCUGCCUGCAGAGCUUUGGCCCAUCCUUUCCUGGCAGACUGCAACAGUGAAGAUGAAUGACAGAUGAGUGAAGAGGACGGAGUCAAAUGAUUAGACGGGCUCCUCCCACCCAAUCAGGGGUGCGCCAAGAAUUAUUCUGUUAAAUUGAUUUUUUUUUUUUUUUUUUUUUUUUAUAAUGGAGUAAAGUGCAACACCUUAACCAGUAGAUCACGAUUUUGUCUAAUGAAAAUGAGGUGCAAAAUUUUUUAGUGGAAAUGUACAAUUUUACUGGUACUGCUAAAAAGAAACAAAUGCCCUUAAAAAGCCCAGCUGUUUUUGGAGCUCUCGCUCCUUAAUAUACCAUCACCUUAUUCAUGUGUUUACAAUGGUGAGCAGGAAUGGGAAUUUGUCUUUUUCAUGUGUGACUCUCUAAUAAUGACAUUUUGUGUAUGUUGCAGCACAAUUGGUUGUCUAACAGGUAAGUUUAAUGUUUCCAGUUAGUUUCAGUGUGCUACCUUAAGAGUUGUUUUUGAAAGUUGACUUAUAGUGAUGUUUUUGUGCCUUGUUUUGUGUUUGCUUCAGCAUCCGUUGGAAGUGUUUGCUUAUUUUUAAUCGCAUGCAGUGUUUUAAGUUCUGAGAAAAUUGUUUGAAGUUUUUGUUUUCUGUUCCUGAUGAAUUUUCAGUAAACACAAACCAGAGCCAACAGUGCCUGUUUGUAAUUAAAUGGGCUGAGAUUAAGUGUAGUUAUGACAUUAUGCCCUUUCAAAUCAAUACAAUUAAAUUACAUUUGUAAUUGAAUGCACAUUUGACCCUUUUCUUUAUACUGACACUUCAGUAAUAAAACUUCAAUUUCAA